CUCUUUCGUUUCGUGAAUUCUUAACUUUGAAGAAUUUGUACUUGCUUGCUUGCUUGCUUGAUUGAUUUAUUCGAAUUUUGAAUAGUUAUUUCUUUGCUUACUCCCGUUGAUUAAAAAAUACAGUAUUAGAAUAUAUUUCCGCAUAAAAUCCAAAAUGCCUAUCUCAUCCCGCUGGCAAAUCACCAUUCCUCCUGUAACUCUCCCAACCUAUCUCUUUACCUCUGCCACAGAUCCCCUUCCAGAAAAAUCCGCAUUCAUCAAUGCCGCAGACCCAUCGCAUUUCCUCACCUUUUCACAAUUCCGUCUCUAUUCGCAACGUCUAGCUGCUGGACUCAUCAAAAAUGGUUUGAAACCGGGUGAUCGAGUAUUACUUUUCUCGGGUAAUAAUCUAUUUUUUCCAGUUGUGCUUGUGGGGGUUAUUAUGGCAGGAGGCAUUUUUACAGGUGCCAAUCCGGGGUUUGUGGAGAGGGAAUUGGUGUAUCAGUUGAGGGAUUGUGGGGCGAAGUUUUUGAUGUGUGGGAAGGAUGGUUUGGGGAUUGGGUUGAAAGCUGCGGAGGAAGCGGGAUUGGGAAGGGAGAGGGUUUUUGGUUUCGAUGAUGAGGAGUUUGGUGGUAGUAGAGAGGUGGCUCAAGGAGGAGUGAGGAGUUGGUGGGAAUUGCUAGAGAGUGAGGAGGUUGGAAAGCGAUUCCAAUGGAAUGAGGGUGUUGAUCCUAAGGAAACGGUUUGUUGUUUGAAUUAUAGUAGUGGGACAACUGGGCAACCCAAAGGGGUAAUGAUUACGCAUUAUAGUAUGUUUUUAUCUCUUCUCGAUCUUAUUCAUGUUCUUGAAGCUUGUUCAGAGUUGGAUGGAAGACUGACGGCGAAACUAUUUAGAUUAUGUUGCGAACGCGGUGCAAUAUACACAUUCGCGAGAACUCCUUGCUGAUAUAGAGGAAAGGAACAAAAAAGCGUAAGUACUCCAACUGAACGGUUUUCAUCUUCUAACUCGGUUUGCACAUUAGAAAAUGGUUAUGUUUCGUCCCAUUGUACCACGCGAUGGGACAAACAAUUUUUUGCACGAUAGCGCCUAAACGUGGAAUUCCAGUCUACAUCAUGAAAAAGUUUGAUUUCAAAGGGAUGCUGGAAGCGGUACAGAAGUAUAAGAUUACAGUGUUGAGUAUGGUACCUCCGGUUGUUGUUGUAAGUAUCCAUCAUUCAAUUGUGAUGUGAAAGGAAACGAAAAAUUAACGAAAAGGAAACCAGAUGCUCGUGAAAUCACCUCUCACAAAACAAUACGAUCUUAGUAGCGUCACUGAUAUGGGAUCCGGUGCGGCACCACUAAGCGGAGAAGUGAUAGAAGCAGCGGAAAAACUGUGGCCAAAUGGGCGUGUGAAACUAUUGGCAAGUUUCCUUUUCCUAUGUCGUUAUUCUCUCUUGACUUUUACUCUUUUGAAAAACGACUAACACAACAUAAAGCAAGGAUGGGGCAUGACUGAAGCAACAUGUUCAGUCCUGAGUCCCGAUCCUCGACUUGAUCUCCUACCAAACACAGUUGGUGAGCUUAACGCCAAUUGCCGCGGCAAAAUCGUGAACCCAGAGACGUUGGAAGAGGUCAAGCAGGGUGAGCGAGGGGAAAUCUGGGUUCAGGCUCCUAAGUAUGUUUACUUUUUCUAUCCUUCACCUAUCUGCAACACAAAUAACAAAAUGGCGGUACUGAUGAACUUAAAAGUAUAAUGAAAGGCUACUGGAACAAACCUGAAGCCACAAAAGAAACAAUCGUGAAUUCUCCCGAUGGCCGCUGGCUCCGCACAGGAGAUAUAGCCUACGUGGACUCUCAAAACAAUUUUUACAUCGUUGACCGCAUGAAAGAACUUAUCAAAGUAAAAGGUAAUCAAGUUGCACCGGCAGAACUGGAAGCGCUUUUAUUAGAACAUCCAGGAAUUGCGGAUGCAGCCGUGAUUGGGGUGACGAUUGGGGACGGAGAAGUCCCAAGAGCUUACGUGGUGAGGAGUGGAGAUGGAAAUGUGACUGCGGAAGAGGUUACAAAGUGGGUAGAGGAAAGAACUACUAGGUUUAAGUGGUUGAAGGGUGGUGUGAUAUUUUUGGAGGCAAUUCCUAAGAAUCCGGUAAGUUUUGAUUUUUCUUUUGGUUUCUGCUUGCUCCACUCUCGAAAUUUUGGCGAGAGAGCAAUUUGUGACGUGCUUGGAGUCUUGGACUGACAUAUCUCUAGAGCGGAAAAAUAUUGAGAAAGGUGCUGAGAGAUAGGGCAAAGGAGGAUAUCAGUAGGAAUGUGAUAAAGGCUCGACUUUAAACUCGGAGAUAGUUGUGGAAAGUUCUUGUGUGACGGUGACAUGUAGCCUCCCGAGCAUGGGUGUAUCUAGUAUCAAUAGCACGUGUAGUUGUAAAUUUAUGUGCCUAAACGAUGAAAAUCUGUCACA